AUGACGACUGGUGAUCUACUCGCAAGGUUACGAGCUGCGAUUAAGGAACCACAUACAUCAAUCCACCGACUUAAUAUCUCUCGUGUCCCCCUCUGUCUACCACCGCACACAGACAGACCAGACCUCUACCUCCUAGGUCUAUCACGCUAUGCAGAACUCUUCUACGGAAUCGAAGAAGCAUGGCUCUCUUUAAUCGGGGAUCCUCUGGACUGGAUUUCUCAAGAUACACAUAUCGCCAAUGUCAAUCUCCAUACCGAGGUCUCCAGCCCAGAAAAUGACCUCUCUCCACCGGAAGACACAAAUCCCCGCAUCCAAACUGUCCUACGAACGCUCUACAUACCCGAACUACUACGCACAAAGACACUACAAGAUGAUCUACGCCUCCUAAACGCAUCAUGUCCACCAGCUACCCAAAUCCUAAUCCAACCACCCAAACACCAAGAAACAAAUACCGGACAACGAAUCAAACACGAACUUCGCAACCGGAUCCAGGACAAACCACAUAUCCUGGUUGCAUACGUGUGGAUCAUGUACUCAGCCCUGCUUUACGGAGGACGUGAUAUCCGCGCAAUUCUCCUCAAAGCCGGCCCUGAGUUUUGGGGACUAUCGGUUGCAGAGAUUAAUCCUCAGCGGAGGAUACCGUGUCCCUUGUCCUUUUGGCAUAUAAAUGAUGAAGCGGAGGUGAAGGGCAAGUUUCGUGCUGGUAUGACUGAUGUGGAGAGGUUAUUGAGUGCUACGGAACAACAGGAUAUUUUGGAUGAGGCGGGGAGGAUUUUUGGGAUUCUGGAGAUAUUGACGAGGAGUUUGGAUGAUGAUGUGAAAGUUUUAAACGCUCGUGUAUGA